AUGUUUCUGAGGCCAGCCCAGCUUCAAAAGGGUGAGAAAGCUUUAAGAAAUGUUGACUUUCUAGACAACAUUGUCCCUCAGGACGAAGAACGAACGGUAGAAACACCAAAUUAGCAGUGUCAUAUGGCCCAAAAAAGCCCCAUUUAGUGCAGGUUUAAAUUUCGCAGUGGGUGGUUGGAAAUACUAGGACUUUUUAUAAUCUUCCAUCCAGUAACAAACUAACUAUGGCACAUGAUGUGCAAAACUAUUUCGCUUACACAAUCAAGAUAAUGAAACUUUCAAACCGUUAA